GUGACUAGGAUUUGGAUAAGAACCAUAUUUUAUCCACCGUCGGCUCCCUCGUCUGCUUCCCUCCUGUUCUCAUCUUCACCCUGAGAACAAAUGAUUUCAUACUACAGAAAAAAGAAUUUAAUCUUUCCUCAUCUACGUGGUCAUUCUGUGUCAUAAUGAUUGUUGAUUAGGACCGCCCAUCGGCGGACCCUCCAUAAUUUCUCUGUUUUUCGGUAAAUCUGCUGCAAAAUUACACCUUCAUCUUCAUGGUUUUACAUUCUUGUAUUCUCAUUCACACGAUCGCUAGUUUUCAACAAUUGGGUAAUCAUCUCUUUUUCUUUUUUAAAUCUUUUGUGGCCAAAAGAGGCGGUAUUGGGUAAUAUCAACUAGAAAUAUCGUGCCGCGAAUUUGUGAUCAGCUUUCGUUCUCCUUUCGUUUUCAUUUUUCAAUCAAGAAGGUGUGAUGGGGUCAUUUGAUUUCUGAAUAAGUUUCAUUUCGAUUCUCUCACCGCAUGGAAAAAUGGGUAUUUGGGAUGAAAUUUUGUUGAUCACAAUCUACGCGAUAUUUUUCAUUAUUAUGUUAGUAAUAUGGUGAAACACUCGCCGUUACCAAGUCUACUCUCUCAGUGAGGACCCCUUCUGAUUCCUUGAUAAGGAUUCAAUUUAGGGUUUUUGUUUGUUUCCUCCUUGAUUUUACAAAUUGUAGUUCAAAGUUUCUUCGAGAGACUGAAACCGCGAUUUGAGUGACACAUGGGAUUGGGACUAAUCCAAAUUUUGAGGAAGAAACGAGAUUCUGUCCAACAAUUUGAUGAACCAGGAGGAUGGAAUUGCCACUGGGUUUGAUUGAACAAUCGCUUAACAGUCGUUAUUCGCUAUGGGUUCGUGAAGCUCUUAACAAUUUGUCGGAUAAUUUUACAAUAACUGAUCCCAGUAUAGCAGGUCACCCAAUAGUGUUCGUCAGCCCUGGAUUCUUGAAGACGACUGGAUAUACCAAAGAAGAGGUGAUUGGCAAAAAUGGGAGAAUGUUUCAGGGCCCAGAAACUAGUCGGAGCUCAGUAAUGCUAAUUCGUGAGGCAGUUCGUCAAGAGAAGGAGAUUCAAAUUAAUUUACUAAAUUAUCGCAAAGAUGGGACACCCUUCUGGGUCUUUUUCCAAAUGACCCCUGUUUUCAGCAAGGAGGAUGGACGAAUCAUCCAUUUUGUGGGUGUUCAGGUGCCAAUUUUGAAGAAUUCAAGGAAAUCUAGACGUGGGUUCUUAAGAAUACAAGGUGUUUCAUAUGAGAAUGAAUUUAGAGCUUGCAAAAGUUUUUUAGGGUCCUGUCGCCGAGAGUUGAUGUCUGAUUCUAUCUCGGAACUAGAUUGUACUUUGAAUAGAGACCCACAACCGGAUUCCGAUAGUAGAGGAGUAGAGAUUGAAGAACCAUGUGAAGCAUGUGAUGAUGAGAAGCAAAGAGCUGCAAUUGCUAUUAGUAACAUCUUAUUUGUCCUAACUCAUCACAGUGAGGUAACUGGCGGAUUGGUGUGCGAAAGGAGAUGCAGCUUGUCUAGGGUGGGCAUUCUUUGUUCAUCCUUGAAUACAUCUCUUAAUAGAAUUAAACAGAGCUUUGUAUUAACGGAUCCAAACUUACCAGACAUGCCUAUAGUCUAUGCGAGUGACGAGUUUUUGAAAUUAACAGGUUAUACUAGAUGUGAAGUGCUUGGGCGUAACUGUAGAUUCUUAAGUGGAAUUGACACGGAUUCUUCAACCCUUUUUAAGAUAAAGGAAAGUCUUCAGUCUGAACAAGCUUGCACUGUACGGAUUUUAAAUUACAGGAAAAAUAAGAGCUCGUUUUGGAAUGAUCUCCACAUAUCACCUGUUCGUAAUGCUUCUGGCAAGGUAGCAUAUUUUGUGGGUGUCCAGAUGGAUGAAGAUGAUAAAAAGCAGGAUGAACAUGGGUUCAAUCCCAAGAUGAGGCAACUUAGCACUGUAGGUGCAGUCAAGGUGGCCGUGAGGAGCUUGUCGAUGACUAUGGGUUGUUCACAGGGUUAGCCCCGUUUCCACGUUUUGAAUAUUAAUACUAAAUUUUCUCUGUAAUUACAUCUUCUGAGUAGGUAAAUUUGUAGUUUUCUUUCGUUCUCUGUAAUUACAUCCACAAUUUACAGAGUGCUUUUCUUAAACAUUAUUGUGUAAACUUCACAUUUUUCUAAUUAUAUGGAUUGGAGAGUGCUUCAAUUUAAGUUGAAACAA